AAAGCAUAAAACCGAAAAAAUAGUCGCAGACUAGCUGGCAGAUGAAUAGUUUGAAAUUUCGACAGAUCACACGACUCUUGCGCAACUUCGGCACAACCACGAGAAAUGAUUUUAAAGUGGCUGUGGUUGGUUCUUCUGGCGGUAUUGGGCAACCAUUGUCUUUGCUCCUUAAACGUAACAAACUGGUGAGUAAGCUCUCCAUUUACGAUAUACAGAAGACGCCGGGCGUGUAUGCCGAUCUGUCGCACAUCGAUACCAAGAUCUGUAUUGAGGGCUUUCAAUGUGCGGAAAACUUACCAGCCGCCUUGGAGAAGGCGCAUGUUGUAAUGGUUGUAGGUGGUACGGCACGCAAACCCGGUAUGAAGCGUGAAGAUCUAUUUAAAAAGAAUGCGAGUGUUGUUGAGGAGAUCGCACAGGUUGUUGCGGAAAAAUGUCCAAAGGCUCUACUCUGCAUAGUCACAAAUCCCGUUAACUCUUGCGUACCGCUGGCAGCUGAAGUUCUAAAAAAAAAGAACGUCUUCGAUCCUAAACGUCUAUUUGGCAUUACCACACUGGAUUUAGUACGUUCACGCACUUUUAUUGCCCAGAUAUUGGGCGUAGAACCAUCGAAGGUUGUUAUGCCCGUAAUUGGUGGUCAUUCCGGUCAGACAAUUUUGCCUGUACUUUCACAAUGUAAGCCGGCAUUAAAGCUGGAUAAGGAACAAGCCACAAAAUUGAUCAAACGCAUACAAGAAGCCGGUACAGAGGUAGUUAAAGCUAAAGAUCAGGAUGGUGGCGGUUCCGCUACGCUUUCAAUGGCGCACGCAGCUAUCCUCUUCACAGAAGCUUUACUGAAAGGUCUGAAGGGCGAUGGCAAGCCGGUGAAGUGUUCAUAUGUAGCUUCCGAUGUGAGUGACUGCGCUUACUUCUCGACGCCCUUGCAGUUAGGCAAAAAUGGUGUGGAAAAGAAUUUGGGUUUACCGAAGUUGAGCGCAGAUGAGGAGAAAUUGUAUUGUAUAGCGGUGGAGCAAUUGAAAAAGGAUAUCCAAAAGGGUAUCGAUUAUUUUAAAAAGUCAAACAAAGACGACAAGAAGGAUAAAAAAGAUAAGAAAUGUUAACGAAGUA